AUGAGCGACACGGACCCCGUCAUUGUCCAUGCCCUGGCUCCUUCCUCAGUCUUCGCUUUCAGGUCAGAGGCCGAAUCUUGGGAUGCUUUUUUAGAGAGGUUCGAGGUCUUCCUCCAAGCUCAUGACCUCUCCGAGCUCCCUGAGGGGAGACGACGGGGCACCUUCUUGCACUACUGCGGGCCCGAAAUGUUUGCCACUGCCCGGGCUCUUUCGGCACCAACUCCGGUGCACACUAUGCCACUGGAUCUCCUCAUGGCUCGGCUCAAGUUACACUAUGAGCUGACGCCUUCCAAGUAUUCGCGCCGGCAAUUUUUCCGGCGCUGUAUCCAAAGACAAUCCAUCAGCCAGUACGUGGCUGAACUGAGGGCUGCCGCAAUAAACUGUGAAUUCUCUGAUCUUGAGGACGCUCUCCUGGAACAGUUUAUUUAUGGGCUCCUUGAUAUCAACCUUCACCGGCAAAUUCUGUCCCGCACCGAGCUGUCGAUGAAGAUUGCGAUGGACGAAGCCUGGACUUACAAAAUGGCCAGCCAGUCCACCCCGGAUGUCCGCCGGUUUCCUCCGUCAGCGUUGCUGGCGCUGCCCAACUCGGCUGUGCAUAGCCAGAUGAUGGUGCUCGAUCCGUGUGCCGAUGCCACUGCUUCUGUCGACUGCCUCCGCUCCAUGCCCCCUCGGGAUGGCGAUGUAAAGGACCAACCCUCGCUCUUUGGAGCAUUGUGGUUUCCCCGCCACUUCUGUACUCUUCACCCAUGGUCGCUAAGACUCUUUUGGAUUGAAACCCUGAUUGUGCCUGUUUGUUUGUUUGUUUGUUUGUUUGUUGAGGUGCCAUGGGACCAGCGAUGGAAAGCGAAAGAAGCAGCAAUAACGAGCAGGACUCACAAACUGAAUGGAAAUUAUUCCAGUGAUAUAUGGGAUCCUGUGAGGCUAAUAAUAGCAAUCAUAUUGGAUGGAUAUGGAAGAUUAUGGCAUGGGUAUGAGCUACACGGCAUUGAAAACAUACCGGAUGGGCCAGGGUUAAUUAUUUAUUACCAUGGAGCAGUUCCUAUGGACUACUUGUGUUUUCUCGCUAAAAUUUUUAUUCUGAAGCGCAAGUGUUGUUACUCAAUAGCAGAUGAUUGUGUUUUCAUAUUUCCAGGUGUUCAAGCUUUAGCUGGUGUGACAGGUAUUAUUCAAAAUAAAAAGGAAGAGUGUUUAAAUGUUCUCAAGAAAGGCAAGCUACUUGGAAUUUCUCCAGGAGGAAUGAGAGAAGCACUCUUUAGUGAUAAAUCAUACAAGCUCAUAUGGCAUAAGCGUAAAGGUUUCGCUCAGUUAGCUGUAGAUAUGAAAGUGCCUAUUAUACCCAUGUGUACACAAAAUAUUCGCGAAGGAUAUUGGAUCUUUGGGCGAUCAAGAGCUUUAGCUAGGCGGCUAUAUGAAUAUAGUCGAAUUCCCUUCCUUCCAGUGUAUGGUGGAUUUCCAGUCAAAUUUCGUACUUACAUUGGAGAGCCCAUUCUGUAUAAUCCAAAUGUAACUUCUGAGGAAUUGGCUGAGAAGACCCAAAUUGCUCUCCAGUCAUUAAUUAGAAAGCACCAGCAAAUUCCUGGAAGCAUCUGUCGGGCUUUAUUGGAAAGAUUUCACAAAGAAAAGAAAAAGGAGUAAAUUGGUCAAAUGUUAUGAUUAGGCCAAGUGAGACAACACGCUGCUAAUUAUUAUGAGUUUGACAAUCAUACAGGAUAUCAAAAAUUUUAAUUUAUAUUCUUUUCUAAUUUAGUAUUGUACUUUUUUUCUAGCAAAGAAAGGAUAAAGUAUUAUGCGAUUUUUCAUUUGCAUGAAAAAAGCACUUCAUAAGGCUUUUAAAACAUGGUUUUAUUUCAAGGUUGAAAUGUUACUUAGAAACUGGUAUGCUUACGGUUAGGUAGGUCAUGAUUAGUGAAUGAUACAAUACUAGACUUAUUAUGAGUUGUAAUUUGAGAAGUUGUAUAUAAGUAGAUCCAAAAUUCCGUUAAGGUGAAGUUACACGUGUGCAAUUGGGGUGGAGAUUUUAGACACUCUUCAUCUUCAUAUGUGCAAAAUGGAUAAAAGGCAGAUUCUGUCAAAGAAAAACAGUGCGAGCGUAAUUAAAACAAAUAUUUUCCAUAAUUGAAUGAUAUGAACAUAAUCAUAGCAAUACUAAAUUAGGAUGAAUUUAGGGAAGAAUUAUUUUGUGUUUGCUUUUUAUAAAUGUGAUUUAUAUACUGGUAUAUGAAUUUCAAUGCAGCCAUUUUAUUGGAUUCAUUAAUCACACUAAUAAAUAUGUUUUAGACUGAUUUGGUUCCUUGGCUGCUAUUUAUAUUGUGCAUUUUACUACCGUAUUGUUUUUAAACAUUGUAAGCCAUCCAGAAUUACUAAUGUGAGAUAGGCAGUUGUAUAAAUCUUAAGAAAUAUAUUUUUUAAAAUAUUAAAAUCAUAUUGAACAAGAUGGCAUUUGUGUUGUGCUUCACUGCAAUAUGUAUUGGAGUGGUAAAGAAUUUCACUAUUGGGUUUUUGUGAAACAGGCAAUCUUUGUAGACUAUCUUGAAGCUGUAUUUCACCAGGCAUUUUUAACAAAGUAAAUUUUUAUGGGAUAUAUUUAGAAUGGAAGGAAAUUUUGUUUGUAUCAAAUGUGUUCAAACUGAUGGUCUGUCUGGAUAAGCAUGUAGGGCAGGCUGGUAGAAGACAUGGUCUGCAUGCAGCUCAUCAGCCAUAUUUUUAAUAAUAAAAUGAUAGUUCACCCUCACGAAGGAUCUGCAACCAUUGCCACAAAGACACAUUGCUCCAACACCUCCCGGCCUUACCAAUGCCGCCAGCUCUGUUGCUGCUCCACCAGCCAUCAAACAAUUACAGGUAGUCCCUGACUUACAGCAGUUCACUUAGUGACCAUUCAAAUUUACAACGGCACU